CACUAUUGAUAUGGACAAACCUGAAGUAAUGGAUUCUGUGAACGAUCUAGAGAAGAAUGAAAAGUUUGCAGAUCAAGAGCACGAGACUACAGAACCCGUUCAGAAUGGCCUGGACUCCACAUGUGCCUCAGUGUCAUCAAGCCCCACUGAGAAAACCAGACUCACUGGACCAAGUGAUUCAGUUGCUCUAGAAGACACUGAGGUCAUAGGUGAGAUUCCUGUGUUGAGCGAGGCAAAAUUAGUGGAAGCAGUUAAAGAAGUAAAAGAUGCAGAAACUGGACCUCAACAAACAGAAGACGAAAAGGAGAAACAGGAAAAGGAAGCUAGUGCUGCACAGAAAAACGAAGGAAAAGAAGACACUUCUGCCACCCCAAAAUCAGAGAUCCUUUUCAGCAGUGGCACAGUAGAGGUGAAGCUGAUACAGAAAGAUACAGAAGAGAGUGUGGAGGAAGUGCACGAGGCAUUGGAUGAGAGUGCAGACCUAUAUCUGGGAGCAGAGGAGAUGGAAAUGGGAGCCAGCAAUAACAAGCCACCCAAACCACUGCUGGAGCUCACAAUUCCUGGUAUAGAGACCCGAUGCAGCUUAGCACCAGCUGUGGACAUACUGGCCUACAGUGAGAGAGAAUGGAAGGGAAACACGACCAAAAGCGAUCUCAUCAGAAAGGGCUAUAGUGAGAUGUCCCGUAGCUUUAGCGGUCUGAGGAGAGCCAGAGGCGAUAACUACUGUGCCCUACGAGCCACACUGUAUCAGGUGCUGGCAAACAGCACAAAUAUGCCCACCUGGCUGCAGGAUGAAGGCUUUCUAUUGUUACCAGAGAGGAUUGAAGCUCAGGAGCAUUUGAUUGCUAGAUGGGUGUUUCCUUCUGAAUGCAAGUCAGGAAGUGAGAAGGAAAGUUCUGUGGAGAGACUGAAAUGUUAUUUGGAUCUCCUUAAGAAGAAGUGGCAGGCAGCAGUGGCCUGUGAGAGCCCAGAGGAGAAGCACAAUUUGUGUGAGCGUGUGUUUCAGGGAGGAGAAGAGGAGUAUGGUCUUUUGGAAGCACUAAAGUUUCUAAUGCUGGCCAAAGCUGUUGAGCUUCAUCAAAACAUGAUGGCAGAUCAAGAAGUGCCUGUGUUCUGCUGGCUUCUUUUUGCCCGCGACACAUCAGAAACCCCCCAAACCCUCCUAGCCAAUCACCUGAGCCAGAUCGGCUUCAGUGGAGGGGUAGAACAGGUAGAGAUGUUUCUAUUGGGCUAUGCCUUAAAGCACACCAUUCAAGCCUUCCGACUAUAUAUGACUGACACAGACGAAUUUGUGACACAUUACCCAGACGACCACAAGCAGGAGUGGCCCUGCGUGUGUAUCGUCACAGAGGACGAUCGCCAUUACAACGUCCCUGUCAGGAGGAGCGUUCAGCACCAGCACAGAGAAGAUAUCACGAUGACCUAACAGAAAACUCAGAGAACAAAUCUGAUCUACAAAGUGGCAUGAUGUUUGUUUUUUUGAUAAUGAUCUGUAGGUCAUCCCGUGAAUAAAAAGAUGAAGGGAAUUUACAGCAGUCUACCAAGAUCAAAUUGCAAGCAGAAGUGCUCAGGUUUUUCCCCUAAAUGAAUCAGAGCUAACAUCAGACUGUCAGGAAAUGCUGUGAUGAUUAACACUGGUUCAGAAAGGGGGAAAAAAAAAAAACCUUACUGCCUUUUUACUUUAAUCCUGUUAUUUUUUGUAUUAUGCACUGUUGGAAAUUGUGUUGAUUUACAUUGCCAAUGUAAAAAAAAAAAAAUACUAAAGCGUUUACAAUAAUAAUUUUAGAGAAUUUUUCAUUCAAAAGAAUGUAUUGUGGGUAUAGUACGGGAAAUGAGAUAGUGGUCUAAUCGCUGUACUUCAGAUUUAUGUUGUUUCAGAAUAUAAAACAUGUAGAAAAUAGCCAUGAGCAUUUUUUUUUU